AUGGCAGAAGCAGCGACGAGAAGACAAGGCGGUUGGAGGCAACAAUUGCCGCCACCUCCAAGAGGCGUUAACCAAUCUGCUCUUCCUAAAACUGAACCUGUCGAUCGUGAGAAGACAUGUCCCCUGCUUCUUCGUGUUUUCACCAAGAGUGGUGGCCAUCACACCAAGGAAGAUUAUGCUGUGAGAGGCAAAGAACCAAAGGAUGAAGUUCAAAUUUACACAUGGAAAGACGCCAAUCUUCGCGAGCUAACAGAUUUGGUCAAGGAAGUCUCUGUAGCAGCUAGGAGAAGGACUGCAAGAUUAUCUUUUGCGUUUGUUUAUCAAGACAAGAACGGUCGCUUUACUGUCAGACAGGUUGGUCAGACGAUGUCUUAUCCUAACCGGAAACAGCCAGACGACAGCAAAACGCUCUCUGACCUUCACUUCGUGAUUGGAGACUAUCUGGAUGUGGCAAUUUACUAG